AUUUAUUUCGAUACAUUAGACCAAUCGAUUUUGGAGUUCAUUUAUAUGUGCAAAGGAAUCUAUAAAAUAAAUGGCCUCCAAUCCGAAUCCUCGUCUAGAGAAUUCCGUCCUACGCAGCAAAAUUCGGGAAUAUGCUCGAGACCAGCGUCAAGAGUGCCGCAUAAAGGCAAAGGACUCGUUGCGUAUCGGUUUAGGACAGGUUAAGAAGGAAGUGGCUGCAUUAGAAAGCCUGGACACCAAGGACGUUCUUGGACUGGCCGGUAGGAUUAAGCGACGCAAGCAUGCCACCUCCGAGGAUCUGUGCCGCCUUUCCCUGGCCUUUCUGCAGGGCAACGACAACAUCAACGCGUUUGCUGCCAUUCCUGGUGCCAUUCAGGUCCUGGUUAAAGAACUAACCGGACCCCACAUUCAGCGGCAGAUCGAUGCCGUCGAGUGCCUGUGUAAUCUUUCUCUUGGCGAUGCCCAUGUCUCCGAGAAGAUCGCCAGUUUGGCGGGAAGCUACAUGGUCACGUAUUUGGAUGGCAAGGAGGAGCGCCUUAAGCGCAGCUGCCUGUGGACUCUGGCCAACAUUCUGGCCACCUGUGACAAGGCUGGCAGGAUAUUGCUUCAAAUGCAACUUGUGCCCAAAUGUUGGAGACUUUACAGCGAUCCCAAUGGUUGCCAAGAGGACGCAGGCAUAUGUCUCUUCCUGGUGGCUACCCAUUGCCUGCACCAUGUGAGCGCCGAAGAUCGUAGCUACAUUGCAAAAAAUUUGCACGAUGUAAACCCCAAGGAUUCCGGCAGCGAGUACUUUAUGUACAUUAUCCACCAACUGGACAUUGUUGGACAGGAUCAUGAACUAGGUGUUCCACAAGCCGAAUGCCUGUUGCACUUCUUUGAGAACACCCUAUCCUCUCCAGUAGAAAGUUUUUACAUUAUUUACGGAGUGCGUGUAAUGGCCAAUCUGGUGGCCAUGGGUAACCCAAAACUAAUAGGGAGACUGGCAGACCCGCAGAAUUUUAUAAAAGCCCUAAAUCAGCUUUUCGCUUUGCGAGACUCCCAACUCAACAUGGACUUGAUGCGGUUGCUCAGGAAUUUCCUGCAAUUAAACAUCUUGGACUCCAACCUGCUAUUAGAUAACUUGCAAAUAUACGCAUAGGAUACGAUUAAGGACAAGUCUUGCAAAUCUCUUUAUUGGUCUGAAUAUACCUAUAGAAUUCAA